AUGAUUGUCAUGAUUGAUUCGAAAUUGGAAUGUAACAAACUGCUCUUUGAUUUUUCAAAUUAUACGAAACGAUUCGAAAUGAGGUGGAAAGGAUACGAAAAUGGUUUAUUCUCUGCUUGUCUAAAUAGUUUAGAUGAAAAUUCCAUUUUAGAUGCUUUCACUGUUGAGAAUGGAAAGAUUUCAGGCGAAUUGAAUAAUAGAUUAGGUAUCAAGAAUUUGGAAAUUCGAAACUGUCACGAUGGUGGAAUGAUUUACUUUUAUACUAAAAUAGAAAAUUUGCUGAUUGCUGACAGUUUCUUUCAUGAAGAUACUGAAAUAACUGAGAUUACAAAUGUACGAGUGGAAAAUACGCAAUUGGAUGAUUUUGAAAUUGUUUCGAAUGGAGCAAGUGUUGAAAUUUCAAAUUCUAAAAUUCAAGGAAUUGUUGAUUUGCAGAAUUUUAAAUCAUUUUCUAUUCGAAACUCAAUUUGGAAAAAUAACCGAGUUCAUGAGGAUUAUUCAUCAACAUUUAAUUUAGGACAAGAUGUUUCAUUUGAUAAUGUAACAACUAAUGCUAAAAUUGUGUUUAUUUCAAUCAAGUCAAUCAAGAUGAAUGGGCUAAUUGUACACAAUUAUGGAAACGGAUAUUUCUUGUAUCAAAUGAUACGAGUUUCUCAUUUCUAUCUAAGCAACAGUUCGUUUGUGGGAAAUUUCGUGCUCAACAACUAUUUACUCUCCUUGCAAAUAGUUGAAUCUAUACAAAUUGAAAAUUGUACAGUUUCUAAUAAUGUUGGAGGUUUCAUCAUGGUAACAGAUGCUACUUUGAUAAUGGGACAGGUGAAUAUACGAAUUAGUAAGAGUGUAUUUCAAUCCAACGAGAUGCUGUCAGAUAUUGCUCUAAUUGACAUUGUGGAUCAAACAAGAGAGAUGUAUUUUAUCACAGUUGACCAUUGUAAAUUUUUGGAAAAUACAGGAGAAUCCACUUUACACAUUGAUGGAGGACUUGCCCAAAUUUCCAAUUCAGACUUCUACUUUAAUAUUGCAAACGAACAUGGUACUGCAUACUUGAAUUGCUAUGUUACAAUUUCAAACUCUAAAUUCAUCGCUAAUCAAGCCAAGUUAGGAGGAGCCAUUUACAUUGGUCCUGCUGGAAAUAUUGAUGCAUCUCAAACAAUUGAUUUUACUUGUGAUAAUAAUUGGGCAACCUACGCUGGAGGAUGCAUUUAUUCAGAAAAUUUGGAUUUUUCAAAAUUGAAACGCAUGAAUGGAACUAAUAUUGCUAAAUAUUAUGGAAAUGAUGUGGCCACACCUAUUGUGAGUCUGGAUGCUACAUUUGAUGAGGUAGAUUCUAAUGGAAAUAUUGAGGUUUACCCAGGUCAAGCAUUCCAAAUUAAUUUUUUCCCAAGAGACAAGUUCAAUCAGAGCACCUCUUAUUUAUUGAAUCAAUAUUUGUUUAUCAAUUCAGAAAAAGGUCAUUUUACAAUCUCUCAGAAUUUUUUAGAUGGAAUCCAUUCUAUUCCAGUAGUUUUGCAAAUAUUUCCAAUUGACGACUACAACCCAUCAUUGCCACCACUUGUAAUAUUGAUUUCUUCAAAAAUUGAAAUCAAAAUUCCUGUAAAUAUUCUCCCAUGUCCAGAUAGUUCUUUCCUGAAAUUAUCUCAAAAUGGACAUUACUGUGAACAAAUUCCAUUAGCAGCGAUUCUGUCAUCUGUAAUUUUGGGAAUUAUUUUGAUAACCAUUAUAUUGGCAGCAUUAAUAGUGAUAGCUAGGAAAUUAUUGAAAUUGAGAAAACAGGAACGUGCUGAAAAGAAAAUGGAGCUAUUGUUCAAAGAUAAGGAAUUUAUAUUCGAAACAGAACAAGCACCUCUAUUACUUUCUAAUACCAUCAACAGUAGUGAUUCAGGUGAAAGUAGAUCAAUAAUUGGAAACAGGCAACAAUACAUCAUUCCAAUUUCUGAAAUUAAUAUUUUGAAAAGAAUAGGAGAAGGUGGAAUGGGUGUCGUAUAUCACGCGAAGUGGAAUCGAACUGAUGUUGCCAUCAAACAAUUGAAAACAGAUUCCAAUGAUGAAGAAUUCGAAAAUGAAGCAAUUUUAAUGAGCUCACUUCGACAUCCAUGUAUUGUGAGCUGUUUUGGAGUUUCUCUGACAACCAAUGGAAAAUAUAUGAUUGUAGAAUAUUUGGAAAAUGGAAGUCUAGAAAAGGCAAUUUAUAAUUCAAAGAUGGGAAGAGCAAUUUUGAGAUUUGAAACCAAGUUGAAAAUAUUAACUGAUGUUGCCAAAGGAUUAGUUUAUUUACAUUCAAUCAAACCUCAUAGAAUUAUUCAUAGAGAUUUGAAACCAGGAAAUUUAUUACUCGAUAAGAAUAUGAAUGCAAAAGUUGGGGAUUUUGGAUUGAGCAAAAUUGUUUCGAAUAAUUCUGCAACAAUGACAGCAAAUGUAGGAACUUUACUUUACAUGGUAAGUCUAGAUAAUUUCACAAAUUGA